AUGGAAGAGGUGUUCGCACGGAGUUUUGACGACCCUGUUGUUGCAAUAUUCCGCUGGAAAGUCGGUCUGGCAGAUGCUACACGUGGCCCCAAGGUCUUCCGCUAUACUCCUGCGGCGACGAAAGAGAUCGUUUUGAUAGUCAGAAAAAUCGGGCAAGGUCGCAUUGAUGUUCAUGGUCGGUGGUCGACGUUCGUGCGUGGCGAGCGCGAAAGCUUUCAGAGACUUACAUUCUACAGAGACAAUGGCACAACAAUUAAAUUUGGUAAUUCCAUACGCACCGCAGUCAAUGCGCAACCGAAAUGGGAAGACGACUUCUUGAAGCCUCUCCUUGAGACUUGUGUCGACAUUUGCACAACAACCGAGAAGGAUGCAAGGGCCGUUACGCAAUCCGUGGCUGUCGUGCUUCUCGCAUACGAUAUCAUUCGUCUACGUAACGCAGUUCUGACGCAGGCAGACUACGACUUCGUUGAGAAUGCCUUCGACCGGUUCCUAUCUGUGGACGCACUAACUGCCAUUAGUGAGAGCGUAAAUGCUGAGUUCGAGCAGUGCUCAGGGCUAGGCAUUGAUUUUGCUGCGCUAAAUGCUCUUUUCAUCCUAGAGAGUCUGCUUAGCGAGACUGCGAUUCACUUCGAGCAAGAGGAUACAACUGCGUGUGAGCUGGUGCCUAUACUUUCUGACCCUAAACCUGUGGAUAUACCAGUUCCCGCGGCUCUCGUCAGUACAGCAGUUCCAUCGCAACCUCAACCGCAGACUGCCAUUUCACGGGACGUCCAGAUACAGUAUUAUCUCAAUCCAGGGUGCGCGUUUGAAGUCGAUUGCGUGACAUCCAUAGACAUUCCAGGUAAGGCUCUGAUGCUUGAGACAAGUGUUGGACGUCGAGUGCAAAUUGAGGAAGGCGUCAUUGUUUCGGAAGUGAAGGGCAAGUCACGAACCGUCGAGGUCCGUGCGCCUACGGCAGAUGGCUUUGAUCUGUCGGCAACUGUAACCAUUCCUCCAUGCAAUGACUACACAAUCGAGAAUGUCAUUUCUGUGGAACGGGUGGAUGAGAUGUUGGAGUGGACCAUUUUCGAGACGGCAAAGGCUACCAUCUGGGUGGGUAGCGGACGGUACGAAGUCGAACGUAUUGGGGCUUCAAUAAAGGUCAAGAACGUGUACACUUCUGAUUAA